GCACAGUAUUGACAGUACAACGAGCGGCCGAGCGCGCCCGACCAGGUGGUCGUCGGCGACGACUUGUACUCCACCCUUGUUUUCUCCGCCCCCAAUCGCGCUCGCCGUCAGGAAGGAGAGCGCGUGGAGUGGAGAUGCAUCUGAGCGCGAACGAGGGGAUCGAGGGCGUGCGGUUCGCGGUGACGGGCGGGCAGGGCUUCGUCGGCGCCGCCCUCUGCCUCGAGCUGCUCCGCCGCGGCGCCCGCGAGGUCCGAUCCCUCGACCUCCGCGCCGCCUCCCCCUGGUCCCAGCAGCUCCUCAACGCCGGGGCCCGCCUCUUCCAAGGAGACGUUAGAAAGAAGGAUGAUGUCGGAAGGGCUUUCCACGGCGUAGACUGUGUUUUCCACCUUGCUUCUUAUGGCAUGUCAGGGAAGGAAAUGGUGCAGGCUGGGAGAGCGGAUGAGGUCAAUAUAAACGGGACCUGCAAUGUACUGGAUGCUUGCCAUGAGCAUGGCGUCAGGAGGCUUGUGUAUGUAAGCACAUACAAUGUGGUGUUUGGAGGAGAGCCAAUUGUAAAUGGAAACGAGGCAUUGCCUUAUUUUCCCAUUGAAGACCAUGUUGAUGCUUAUGGUCGCAGCAAAUCAGUUGCUGAACAAUUGGUCCUGAGGAGUAAUGGGCGGCCAUCUAAGGGUAAUAAAAGUACCUGUCUUUAUACAUGUGCCAUUCGCCCCGCUGCCAUCUACGGGCCAGGCGAAGAGCGACAUCUUCCAAGGAUCCUGUCCCUUGCAAAGUUGGGAUUAGCAUUCUUCAAGAUUGGGGGCUCAGAUGUGAAAACAGAUUGGGUCUAUAUAGAUAAUCUUGUUCUUGCUCUGAUAUUGGCAAGCAUGGGACUUUUAGAUGACAUUCCUGACAGAAAGGGUACUCCUGUAGCAGCUGGUCAGGCGUAUUUCAUCUGCGAUGGAUCACCUGUCAAUACUUUUGAAUUUAUCAUCAACCCUCUGUUCCAGAGUUUGGAUUAUACAGUUCCUCAAGUUACGUUGGAUACCUCAGUCGCCCUUGCCAUUUCAAGGAUAUGUUUAUUCAUGUCUACACUAUUCUAUCCAUGGCUAGAUAGUAAAUGGAUCCCUCCGCCUCUUAUUCUUCCUGCUGAAGUAUAUAAGGUGGGUGUCACACACUACUUUUCAUUCUUGAAAGCUAGAGAGGAACUCGGCUAUGUAUGUAUGGUGAGCCCUCGGGAAGGCUUGGCUGCAACUAUCUCCUAUUGGCAGGAGCGGAAGAGAAGAGAACUAGAUGGCCCGACCAUAUUUACUUGGUUGGCUGUAACGCUUGGGAUGUUGGCUGUGUUUUCUGCUGCUUGUCUUCCACCAGUCGGCCUGUUGAAGUGGAUCCUUGACAUCCAUUUGUUUGUUUUUCGCUCGAUGUUGGUGAUUCGGCUAGUCUUUGCGGGAGCUGUUGCAUUGCAUUUUGGUGAAGCCGUGUAUGCCUGGUUUUUGGCGAAGAAGGUUGAUCCAAGGAAUGCUACAGGGUGGUUUUGGCAAACCUUUGCUCUAGGGAUCUUCUCCCUCCGGUAUUUGCUCAAGAGAGCGAGAGGGUAGAUUUUUGUUGUACUUCAUAUACUCAUGUGAAGUUUUGUAAUAGUGAUUUCCAGUGCGAUUCCUAUUAUUGAGUAGUUGUACCCACCAAAUGGUUCCUUACUGCUGUAAAAAUUGCCCAUUAUGAGGUUUGUGUAAUAUCCGUGAUAGGAUCGGGCAGAGCCCAGCCACUUCUAUAAUUGAAGUUUUACACGAGUUUGGCAUGAAAGCAAA